AUGAUUUCUUUAAAUAUAAGAUCGCUAAGUGACAAAUUGACUAUUCUUAGGCAAACUAUAAAUGAUCAAAGAUACGACAUCCUCCUUUUACAAGAAACUCCUCUGAAAGAGACGGAAGUGAAAGACAUCAAAGUCGUCAGCAAAUUCAACUUCACUUUAUUUACGGACCAUUAUCCACUAAGAUGCGAGCUAAGGAUAAUCAAUAGCAUUUUUCCGAACCAUAAUCAACAGAACCACCUUAACGCUACACGCUUCAUAGCGAGGAAAGACUUGGCACAGCUGAACGAUCCGGAUAUAAAAGAAGAGUUCAUCACAAAGCUAACAACAUGGAGAAACACCCUAAAUGGCAUGAUCAACCCUAAUAUAACCUGGAAAGAUAUGAAACUAAAUUUAUCAAGCUGUAUGACUUCAUGCUUAAGACCGCGAAUUAAAUGUAAAGAGUGGCUCUCCCCUUCAACAAUACAGAUAAUUAAAAAAACAACUAAUAUCUCCUAUAACCAAUAUACUAUACACCACAGAAGGUUCAUAACUCGCUGCAUAAGUACAGACAAAAUAUAUUUUAUUGCCAACAUAUCUAGAUCCAUACAAUAUAAUUUUGACAACAAUAAUAUUUACAAAGCUUUCCAAUCUCUCAAAUUUCUCACAACCUUUAAAUCAAAUCCUCUUCCAAGAUUACACAUUGAAAACAAUAAAAUUAUAACGGACCCCAAGGAACAAUUAGCUAUAUGGACAGACCAUUACAUGAAUCUUUACAGGACGAGGCGGCCUAAACCAACGUGUGAUUAUCCUUUCCAACCACCCAAUCGGAACCUGAACAAAAUAGAUAUAAUCAAUGCCAUUAAAAGACUAAAAACCCAUAAAUCUGCAGGAAUCGAUGGGAUCUUUGCGGAACUAUGGAAGAUAGAUGCGGAUCUAAGUUCAGGUCUACUGCUUCCCCUCUUGAAUGAAAUAUGGAAUACGGGCAACUUACCAGAGGAAUGGAUGACCUCGAUAAUACUGAAUUUUCCCAAAAAUAAGAACCCGACUACCCUGAAGGACUACAGAGGGAUUGCACUGAUCCCAGUUACCCUAAAAAUGUUCACGAUAUUAUAG